CCCACGGUCGUGCCAGAUGACUCGGUGCCUGCUGUCGAGCUUGGUGACCCAGUGCCCGCGGUUUUGCUCGAUGAUUCGGUGCCCGCUGACUUUCCCGAUGACUCGGUGCCCACUGUCGUGCCAGAUGACUCGUUGCCCACUGUCGUGCCAGAUGACUCUGUGCCCGCUAACUUGCCCGAUGACUCGGUGCCCGCUGUCGUGCCUCUGCCUGCUGCCGGGCCUGGCGUGCCUCCGCCCGCUGCCGGGCCUGGCGUGCCUCUGCCGCUGCCCGGCCUGGCGUGCCUCCGCCCGCUGCCCAGCCUGGCGUGCC